GCGGCCGCCAGUUCUCGGGACGCGAUGGCGUGUGGCGUGAUGCUGGUGCAGGCCGCCCCCCGCAGCCUCCUGCUCCUCCGGUGCGGCGCGGCGAAGCGACCGGCGCUGCUCGAGGUGGAUCGAGUGGCCGAAAGAGGGAGCGCCUGGUGCUCCGGCCUGGGCGCGUGUCGCAGGCGCCCCGCGUCCCCGCGAGUGCGCGGGGCGGCUCGCCGCACAAGGGCGCGCCGCGGGGCGGCUCCGACGGCCGGAGCCGCGGGCCCCCCCGGGCGAGGGCCGCCAG